AUGAUGGCACAGGAUGUGGCAGAUCCAAUAGCAUGUCGACUGUUUCCGACAACCCUAAAGGAGACAGCACUUAGGUGGUACUCAGCGUUGCCACUUAAUUCGGUGCAAAGUUGGGAGGACCUAACCAACCAAUUCCUCAUACGAUUUGCAACGAGCAAGGCGCAAUACAAAUCUACGCACGCGUUAAAAACUGUGCGUCAAGGAUCUAAAGAAACUUUGCGUGAUUAUCUAAACAGAUUCUUCGAUGAAGCACUUUUGGUCAUAGAUUUGGAUCCACAAGUCUCACUACACAUCAUUACUGAAGGACUAGUUGAAGGCCCUUUCUCCAUGUUGCUAGCCAAACAGCGACCACGCACCAUAGAGGAACUACGCGCACGAUCAGAAAAAUUCAUCAACCUCGAAGAUUACAAGCGCUCACGAGAAAUUUCUAACACCAGGGCCAACACGGACAACUUUGAAAGAGAUAUCCAGAAGAGUUUUCAACGAAAAUUCCGUGAAAAAAGAAAGUGGGGAAAAUAUGACAAUUACACCCCUUUAAACACCUCCCAAAGACGUAUUCUGAAGGAAGUAUUCCAAACAGGGUAUGUACGGGUCAACAGACCACCCCCAAUGCCGCAAGGAGUGCAACGUGAUGAAACUAAAUUUUGUGAAUUUCACAAUGACAAAGGUCAUACAACUGAUGAAUGCUUUGCGCUUAAAAAUACCAUUGAGGCACUCAUACGAGAAGGAAAACUCCACGAGUUCAUUUCCAGUUGCAGGGAGUAUAAGGCGCUGAGGAGGCGCGAUAGAAGUCCAGACCACGACCCAAAUUCCAAUGAACAAAGGGCGUAUCCCAGGAGAAACUAUAACCCUGCUCGUAACAAUGAUCAAAGAAGAGCAACUCUGACUGACAGACGUCAGGGAACUCCACCGCGAAAUAGACAGCGAACCACGCAGCAACAGCGCGAUGGACUACCUAAUAACGCGGCUGGAGUUUUAGCUACCAUUGCAGGUGGAUUAGCGGGAAGAGGUGCGACAAAAUCUCAACGCAAAAAGCAUCUGAAAUCAAUCAUGACGGUGCGCGAUCACGCUCUCCAUUCCACUUCUCGUAGUCAAAGACAGGCCAUAAGUUUUGACAACGACGACUAUGGCGACAUCAUCCCAGACCAUGAUGACCCGCUGGUGAUCUCAGCUUGCAUGGUUAAUCUCCAGGUAAAACGUAUUAUGGUUGAUAAUGGUAGUUCAGCUGAUAUUAUUUUCUUGGAUGCUUUUCGCGCGAUGCACAUCUCAGAGGAACAUUUACUUCAUGGAUGUUCAGACCUAAUUGGCUUCGCUGGAGAAUGCGUACAACCUAAGGGCACCAUUGAGAUAUAG